AUGAUCUCAAUCACCCAGCAGGGCGGCAACACCCAACAACAGGCCGUCCCCCGGCCCCGCAACGACCGCGUCGUCCCGAAGCCCGUCCCGGAGGCCCAGUCCAAGGAUCCCCGCGGCUACCAGCUCGGCCAGCUGCGCAAGCGCUUCUCGCCGCGCGAGUCCACGGCCGACGACGGCUCCACGUCUCUCGUCUUCAAGCUCAAGCCCUCCGACCCGGACUUCCCGUUCGAGCUCGAGUACCUCGACUGCGACCUCCGUGUGCCUGAGGACUACCCGGAGGCGACCCCGGUGCUGCGCGUGCGGAAUAGCGAUAUCCCGCGCGGCUUCAGCGUCAACAUCGAACGAGGAUGGGAUAGACUCGUUCGUGAGCGCCAGGGCGCCACUCUUCUUGCUCUCACUUACGCCCUGGACAAGAAUCUCGAGGUGUUCUUGUCGGAACAGAAGGCCGACACCGUCAAGUUGGUGUCCUUCCAGCACACCAAAGACACCCGCCACCUCGAAGCAGCCGGUGCAUCGUCCCCGACACCGACAUCUCACGUCGCCAAAGCGCCAUCGCCCCAACCUGCCCCCGUCAGACGCUAUGUACCCGAGGAGUACUUCACCCAAGAGGAGAUGGCGGCUGCCAAGGCACGUCGCGCGCAAGAAACCCGCCAGCUCGAGACUCGUAUGGGCCGUAUGUCAUUAUACCGUCGUUCUCCCGACGGCAUCGUGUACACCCUGCCCCUCGAGCCCCGCCGCCGCAGCGAGCUUCCUUCCGGUCUGCAAGGCGUCAAGACGGUGCAUCUCAUCGUGCCGCUUCUCUACCCACUGCAGCCGCUACGCAUCCAGAUCAACGAGUGCGAGUCUCAGGACGCCGAGCCGCUCGAAGAGCUUUUCGUGCGGAAGGCUGCCGAGCAGAAGCAGAUGACGCUCACAAGUCACCUCAACUACCUCGCGCAGAACAUGCACGUUCUCGCGAAGCAGGCCCUCGCGCCGCCCAAACCUGCGAAGCCAGAGCCGGCGGUGUCUGAAAAGGACGCCAAGGCCCCGGCUUCGGCCCCGGCCGAUGAGGACCGGAGCCACAUCAAAGUCAUCCCCCGGCCCCCGGAGUGGGACCACGGCCGCGGCGGUGCCGACGACGACGACAACGACACAUCCGACAGCUACGACUCGGAAGACGCAUCCGACGACGGCGGCGCCAACCUCGACGCCGAAGCACUCACGCUGUCCUCCGGGCUGACCCCCGAAAGGGGCACGGCCGUCUCCUUCCCCGACAUCGAGCUCUACAGCAUCGAGCUCUUCCAAGUCUCCAUCCUCAACCUCAGCGUCAAGUGCACCCGCUGCAAGACCGUCAACGAAAUCACCGGCCUCAGGCACGAGGCCUCCCAAACCUCGAGCUGUCGCAAAUGCGCCACCGGCUUCGCCGCCCAGUUCCGCCAGCAGCUCGUCCACGCAAACUCCACCCGCGCCGGCUUCGUCGACCUCACCGGCUGCACGGUCGUCGACAUGCUCCCGAGCACCUUCAUCCCCGUGUGCGCCAAAUGCUCGACGCCCAGCCAGGGCCUCGUCGCCGUCCGCGGCGACGCGACCACGAACGUCUGCCGCACCUGCCACGGCAAAUUCACCUUCAAGAUCCCCACCGUGAAGUUCCUCGCCAUCAGCACCGCCAGCGGCCUCGCGGCCCCCGCCGCCGGCCCCGUCAGGAAGGCCGACAGGCUCGGGCUGCACGCCGGCACGCCGCUGCCGGACCGCGGCGCCUGCGCGCACUACCGCAAGAGCUACCGCUGGUUCCGGUUCUCGUGCUGCAGCCGGGUGCACCCGUGCGACCGGUGCCACGACGACGCCGAGGACCACGUCAACGAGUGGGCGAACCGGAUGGUCUGCGGCUGGUGCAGCCGCGAGCAGCGGUACUCGCCCGAGGCGUGCGCGUUCUGCGGACGCAGUGUCAUCGGGCGCAAGGGACACGGGUUUUGGGAGGGCGGUAAGGGGACGAGGGAUCGUACGCUCAUGAGCCGGAAGGAUCCCCGGAAGCACAAGAGGGUCGGCGGCGGAGAGUCUUCGAAAAAGGAGUGA